AUGGAAUUGCGAUCAGCCAAAAAUUCUACCCGGGAGGGUCCCGCUUGCGGGGAAUCCCUUGGUGCACUGGGAAGCCCGUGCAUCGGCCCUAUCGUAUACGGGGGGGCCAACUGUCGCAACAGAGAAGAAGAGAAUGGGGAGGGGAUUGAAAUAGGAAAUGCGCAGGGGGGAGAGGGAGUGGCGGAUAUGGAUGUAGUUUUAGAAGUAACAAAUGUGAAAGCAGUAGAAGGAGAAAAAGAAAUAAGAGAGGAAAAGGAGGAGUCUGAGGUUAUGAUGGAGUCAGAUUGCAGCAAUAGAAGGAAGGAAAGUAGGCUUAGAUCAGGCUCUGACUCUUCUGCGGCUGCGUCAGGCUCUAGUCGCUUAUGGCAAGGUGUCAAACGGCCUCGUAGAGAAAAUGAUGAAAGUUCUGGUACUUCCGAUGAGGAUAGACUUGGGUCAACCAUGCCUAACGAAAGAGAAAACAGGUCUACGAUCUCUAAUUAUGGCUGGAUCAAAGCCAAGGAGUCCCUCAAGAAAAAGAAAGAGGAAAAAAGAAAUAAAGUCAAAGAUGAGCGCUUGAGGGCUUCAGUUGUUGAAAAUUUUCGGCGCGAGGAAAGAGUGCAGUCCAUAAAUAAGACCGCAGCCCAAAUUCAGAAGCAAGUUUCGGAGGAUGUGGAAUUGAUUAAUAGAAUCGCUAAAACGUCCUCCCACCUAAAGGGAACAUUUGUGCGCGACCUUAGGGACGCUGCCGCCUCUAUUCAGGAGGCCGUGGAAGUCCUAAGCUCACGCACCAUCGCAGAAGAGACUCGGCAGCUGCAGGCUGACAAUGUUCGUCUGCAAGCUGAAAUGGUUGAACUCCGUAAGGAACUAACCCAACUAAAAGAAGACAUGGAUAGGGUACGCAAUCAGGAGACUACGUGCUCCCCUAUGUAUGUAACUGAGGAGCCGCAAGCUGUAGCCCAUUCUAAAAAGAAGGACAAAGACCGUCGAUCUGCAAAAAUAUCGACGCAGCCUACCAUGGAGGAGAUCUGUCACAAAGUGAUGUUACAGGUCGGAGACAUGGUCAAUGCCCGCCUUGCUUCAUUAGAAGACAGACUUCUCCCAGAGAAGCGUUUGCGUCCGCCAUUAUCUGGGGAUAAAAAGAAGACCCAUGGCACAACAGAACAUACAGCCGGUAGUAGCCAGCAAUCCACUCAUGAGAAUCCACUUACGCGUCCUGCUGAAGUAGAACAGACAGCUAAACCUUCUGCGCAUGAUGGGGAGCAGUGGGCGAAAGUUAGCCGCCGUAAAACAAAGAAGAAGGAAAAGCAAAGAGGUUCGCUCGAAGAACCAUCAUCGCUGGCGAAUGAAGAACGCAAGCGGCAGCCUGCUGACAAAUCUCGUAAGCUUCGCUCCCCGCGUUCAGCAGCCAUAGUCCUAACGCUGCAACCCGGUGCUGAGGAGAAAGGCGCCACAUAUGCUGCUGUGCUUAAGGAAGCGAAAGAAAAAAUAGAUCUUUCAGAUCUUGGAAUUACUGCUUUGCGGUUUAGGAGAGCGGCAACAGGAGGACGCAUUUUGGAGGUUCCGGGAGCCACAAGUGAAAAGAUGGCAGAUUCUCUCGCGCACAAACUGAGGGAAGUUAUCAGCGAGGAAUUCCUUCGAGUCUCUAGACCUGUAAAAUGCGUCGACAUGCGUGUUUCAGGGCUGGAUGAUUCUGUAUCCAACAAUGACGUAGUAGCUGAAAUAGCGUCACGCGGAGGCUGCACUGCCGAUCAGAUUCGGUUUGGCGAAAUAAAAAGGAGCUUUUCGGGCUUAGGGACGCUUUGGUUACGCUGCCCAGUCACAGCUGCAAAAAAAGUGGCAGAAAGUGGUAGACUAUUAGUGGGCUGGGUUUCAGUCCAAAUAAAAAUCCUGGAUGAAAGACCCCGCCGUUGCUACCGAUGUCUAGAGUCAGGACACCUAAUAGCACAGUGCUCAGCUGAGGUUGACCGUAGCGAUACUUGUUACCGCUGCGGUCAGGCGGGCCAUAAAGCGAGGGAGUGUUCAGCUGCGCCACACUGCAGGGUAUGUGAAGAUGCUGGUAGACCGGCAAAUCAUUUGGGAGGUAGUCGUGCUUGCAACCAAAGCACCUACACAAAAAAGAAGAGCAGUGGAAAGAUUGACGAUGGCCCCCGGGCCUCCUCGCAGUCUGCUCGUCCGACUACAAGUGCGGCCGAAGAUGUUACGAUGUCUGUAGGAUAG